AUGAGAGGUUACAACGAACUGCAUUAUCCUAACUUGGUGGGUUGUCGAGUCAAGCUGACGGGAUCAGUAGCCGCCGCCAAUGGAAGUGCCGCGGCUCCUGUUUCCUUGCCCAAGGAAGUCUUUGACGCUGCCAGAAUUGCCAUUCCGGCCACUCCUUAUGAUUUUACAUUGGAAAAAGAAAUUCUCCAGAAGAAGGCAACUGCCACUGACGAGUCGUCAUAA